AUGCAGUUAAAUUACUUAAAAGGAGAGCGGUUAUCCGAAACAAGUACAGUUAGGAUGCUAUCAGUCUUAAAGGCCCUAGCGCAAUGUCAUGUUGUUUUGGGUCUUAUCAUGCUAAUUCUGUCAACAUUAGCUGACUAUGUCAGUAGUCGAAUUAAUACGAUUCGAUUGUAUGGAUUGGAAGAGUGCUGUUCGUUCUACUUUAUUGUUACUGGGUUGGUGGGACUGUGUGGAGCUGCCUCUUAUAGGAGAGGAUUAGUGAUCACGUUUCUCGUCAUGUCAGUGCAUGCUAUCAUCAUUUUUGUACCGGCGAUAGUGAUUGUUUCCAGCUUCGACAUACAUUUCUAUCAGCACGAGUGUUGGGGUGAGUGUGACUGGCAUUUAUUGGCGACGUCGCUACCACGAAACAGUCGUUGCCAAAUCAUGUGUGGAGAUCAUGUCGACGAUAAUAUGAGAGUAACAAUGACUCGGCUGGGUACCGAUUACCGUCUUGACGCCGGUCUCAUCGCGGCGGCCAUACUGGAGCUAUUAUUGGCACUGGCAACGACAGUGAUUUCUUCAAGGACUAUUUGCAGUACUGUUCGGGUGGGCGUGUAA